AUGGACUGCUGGCUCUUGGGUGACCUGUCCGGGAUCGGAUCGGAGCGCGGAGCGACCGGCCCGACGCCCGGUGAGGAUUCUGACUUCGAAGACGCUCCUGGUACCAUCGCUGGGCCCUUGAGUUGUGACUUGGACAAGACCUUCUCAGACUACUUGGAGCUUGAAGAGAGCGACAAGGAGAAAACCAAGCGAAUCACCGGCAUCAUCCAGAAUUUGGCGAAGCUGGUUCUUGAUCACGACUACAGAGAUGAAUUAUUCCACUCAAUGGUGACGUUGGCCACCAAGUUUGCCAACUUAAAAAGCGAAGAUCUUGCCAGCGUGGACUACAAUGAGGUCAUGGAGAUUGACACCGUGGCCAUCGAGUGGUUGAAUCAUGAAAACGGGGAGCUGAGUUGGUACUCCGCCUCCGAGCGAAAUCUGGUGCUGACCCGCACAGACCUGGAUUGGCUUUUGAAACUGACCACCGGCCAAGAAGUCUCACCAGAAGACGUGGAGCGGCGGAAUAGGACCAUGAAGGUUGGCUCUGACCAUGCGUGCUUUGGCUUUUGCGGUGACCGGGGCUACGCUGCUCGCAGCUUCGGUGCCGGUACCCCUUGGACCAGCGCGCAGGUGGACUAUUGCUAUGAUAUCGCGCUAGCUCCGAGUGCUCGCACCGCAGUGAUGUGCGCCAUCAAUCAGAUUAAGGGAAAGGUGCCAGGCAUCCGAUUCGUGAACGUUGGCUAUUAUGGCCGGGGUUCGUGCAACUCGAACCCUGCGAUCUUCGUCCAAUCUAGCGCUGCAGGCUGUUUUGCAGAUAUCGGCAUGAUGAGCCUCCUGGGCCACAGCGUGAAAGAGGGGUGA